AUGGCAAACCUUGUUGGGGAAAAGUGUUCGGUGAACGGUUUCUUAAAUGUCCGUCAACUUGAGGUUUUGUGGGACACAGGGGCUCAAGUGUCAAUAAUGAAAAAUGAUUUCUUAAAUGCAAAGUUCCCUGAUGUCAAGAAACGAGAUAUAAGCGAGCUUCUGGACAGUCCCUUGGAAAUAAAUGCUGCUAAUGAAACAGCAAUCCCGUACACUGGCUGGGCUGAGUUAGAGUUUAGAUUACUAUCUUCUGGUAGAGAAGAGACCACAGUAAUGGUACCAUUUUUGAUUACGUCAGAGGAGUUGAACUACCCAAUAGUAGGAUACAAUAGGGCCAUUUAUACGAGACAAAGUAAGACGCGACUUACAUAAAUAAGACGCGAGUUUGUCGUAUAAAAGGCACAAAAUUCUUAUGUAAGACGCGUCUUGGAUAGGACGCGACUUAAAUAAGAACAGGACUUUUAUAGCGGUUCUUAUGUAAGUCGCGUCUUAAAUAAGAAAUUUUGGACAAACAUUCUAACUACACAUGCCCGAAACUUGAAACAACGUACAAUUAUUUAUAGCCUUGCAUAUUAAAACAAAAACAACCGUAACAAUAGCUAUAGCAACAUUAUAGCUAUAGCAAGUAAAUAAGAAUAAAGCCGUAGAGAACCAUGCAUUUAUGCGAUAACUCCGCUUAUUUAAGUCGCGUCUUAUGUAAGUCGCAUCUUAUUUUGUCUCGUAUAAAUGGCCCUAAUGUCAUCAAAGAAAUUGUAAAAUGUGACUGUGUGCCAGGAGGGCCACCACCUAAAGAGAGAAACGCAUAUAUCAAAGCAAGUUUUGCGAACUGUAGUGACAGUGCACUAAAUAAUCUUGUAGAGCUGAUCCAGGAGGACACACAAGAUUGUCUAGGUAUUGUAAAAACAAUCAAAAGGGAUAUUUUGAUACCUGCCAAGAGCGAAAGGAAUGUGCGUUGCAAGGACUAGUUAUAUUGAAAUCCCAGUCACCAUACUCAUCCCCCAUAGUGUGUGUACGGAAGAAAGACGGAACAUUACGGCUUUGUGCAGAUUAUCGUAAAUUAAAUCACCGAACAGUACCAUGGCCAGACCGUCAUCCAAUUCCACGAGUCCAGGAAACAUUAGACAAUAUAUGUAGGUGGUAAUUCGUGGUUUAGCGUUUUAGACCAAGGAAAUGCCUAUCAUCAGGGCUUCAUGGACAAAGGAAGUCGACAUCUAACAGCAUUUAUCACCCCGUGGGGUCUUUAUGAAUGGGUGCGGAUCCUGUUCGGAUUAAUGAAUGCUCCUGCUAAUUUCCAAAGAUUCAUGGAGCACUGCUUGGGUGACUUGAGGGACGAAAUUGCUAUACCAUAUUUGGAUGAUGUGAUUGUUUUUAGUUGCACAUUCAAUGAACAUGUUGAUCAUCUUCGAAGAGUUUUGCGACGUUUAAGAGAACACGGCGUUAAACUAAAACCGCAAAAAUGCAAUUUGUUUAAACGGGAGGUUUGUUUUCUGGGACGUAUUGUGUCAGAGCAGGGUUAUUCUAUGGAUCCGAAAGGCAUCGAGGCUGUAGAAUCGUUGAAGGAUACUAAACCGACAACCAUUGGAGAAGUAAGACACCUAGUCGGACUUCUAGGUUAUUAUCGCCGUUAUACCCCCAACUUCUCACGAAUUGCCUCCUCAACACAGCUAAUAGCACAAGGCCCACGGGCGGCAAAAAUGGUCAUUUGGCAUCCUUCACAAAGAUCGAUCCACUGGACACAAACACACCAAGAAUCUUUGGAGAAACUGAUCGGCUUUCUAACAAGUCCACCUAUCAUGGCUUAUCCUGAUUACUCAAAAUCUUAUGUUGUCCACACAGACGCAUCAAAGGAUGGUCUUGGGGCAAUCUUGUACCAAAACCAAGACGGAGAGAUGAGAGUGAUUUCUUAUGCAUCAAGAACACUAACUCCACCAGAAAAGAAUUAUCAUGCACACUCUGGUAAACUCGAAUUUCUUGCUCUUAAAUGGGCAAUAACCGAACAGUUUAAAGACUAUCUCUAUUAUGCGCCACAAUUUACGGUUUACACAGACAAUAAUCCUUUGACGUACGUAUUGACAUCAGCCAAAUUAAAUGCGACAGGUCUUAGAUGGAUCGGUGAGCUAGCUGACUACAACUUCAAUAUCCGUUAUCGCCCAGGUAAAGCGAAUGUGGACGCAGAUACGCUCUCCCGAAUGUCUUUGGAUAUGGAUUUGUACAUGACGUCGUGCACUGAAGAAAUCACACAACAAGUUCUCCAAGCAACGAUAUCAGGUGUCCAAAUACAAGAGAAAGCUCCUUGGGUCAGUACCCUAACUGAUGAACCUACAGUAUUUAUUAAAGAGACGCAGAGAAAGUCAUGCUCAAAGGUGGCUGAUGUCUCCACAGCUCAGCAGAACGAUCCCGUUAUUCAAAGAGUUUUGCAUUGA